GAGCGAGGCCCUACGGAUUCUGGCGGCAGGUCAGUCUAAUGAUUGGCAGUGUGUGUCAAUGCUGGAGACGUUAGGUAAAGAUGGUGGUUGCGGCUCCAUUGUGGAGAUGAGCAGCUAUCAACUGGAACAUCCAGGUUUCUUCAAGCCCAAGGUUGGUGUUAUAACUAAUUUGACUCCAGAUCAUUUGGAUCAUCACAAAGACAUGUUAACUUACGCGUACAUGAAGUGCAGGCUAUUUAAAGAUAUGGACAAGGAUGAUGUAGCAAUCAUACCAGUUGACCAGAACAAGAACCGACCUUUCAAUACAAAGUAUAAGAUAGCACAACGGAAGACUUAGAUACCGGUGAUCCGAACAAUCAAUAUUGCAAUGCAGC